AUGAAGUCUAAUCCAGGCCCUGUCGUUCGCAUCGCCCCGGCUACAUUCAGCAUCAACGACCCUGCAGCCCUAAAGACCAUCUACUCGUCCGGCUCCAAGUUCCCGAAAUCAGACUUCUACCAUCCAUUCGGAGAUCCCGGGAGAGGUCCGAAGCAUCUAUUCUCGGAGCAGAAUAACCAGCUGCACGCACUGAAUCGACGCAAAACUUCAUCGCUCUAUUCCAUGUCAACGCUGGUCACGUACGAGCAUUUCGUCGACCGAUGCAACCAGAUGCUAUGCGAGCGACUGGACAAUUUCGCAAAAGCAAAAGAAGCCUUCGAUGUGCCGACCUGGAUGCAAUACUAUGCGUUUGACGUCAUUGGCGAUAUCACAACAAGUGAACCGUUUGGCCUCCUCAAAACCGGCCACGACGCAUGGGGCGUGCUCAAAGCAAUCGACGAGAGUCUGAAAUACGGAUCCACGAUUGGGAUAUUCCCUGAACUGCACGACUGGAUCGCAUUUGCGAGUCGAAUCCUCCGCCAGCAAACGCCCCUUGAAUCCGUGAACGCGUAUAUCCUCCGCCAGAUCGAAACGCGGACCGCGGAGAGUGACGAGAAGACAUCCUCUCGGAACGACUUUCUAUCGAAACUGCUCGCCCUCAAAAGCGCCGACAAGGUCAAUGGUUUCCAACUUUUCACCACCGUCGGCGCGAAUAUUGCUGCUGGAUCCGAUACAACCGCCAUCUCUCUUAGCAGUGUGGUCUACUCCUUGCUCAAGAAUCCAGAGGCCGAGAAAAAAUUGCGAGAGGAAAUCGACUCGCUUGCUCGUGACGGAAAACUCUCAGAACAGGUUACUUUCGAACAGGCUCGACAGAUGCCGUAUCUACAGGCGUGUAUUAAAGAAGCGCUGCGAGUUCACCCUGCGACAGGAAGGCCGCUGGUGCGUGAUGUACCGUCCGAGGGAGUAACUUUGGCUGGGAAGUAUUUCCCAAGAGGGAGCUCAGUAGGAGUCAACACCUGGGUGAUCCAUAACAACGAAGACGUGUUCGGUCCCGACGCAGCGGAGUUCCGACCCGAGCGAUGGUUGGAAAACGAUAAAGAGACGCUGUCUUUUAUGGAGCAGAAUUUCAUUCCGUUCGGGGCUGGUGCUCGUACCUGCAUCGGUAAGAAUAUCAGUUUGCUGGAGAUGUCCAAGGUCAUUCCCCAGCUGUAUCGGAAGUAUGAGUUUGAGUUGGCUCCUGGAGAGGAAAUGACUACCUGGGAGGCUUGGUUUGUGAAGCCCAAGUUCCGGUGCUUUGUUAGAGAACGGAAGGAUAUUUGAAGGAGGUUGGUUUGAAGCUAGCUGGUAGAUCUUGAGGCGCUGUCUUUAAAGCGAAUGUCGCAUUUUUAUACGAACUUGAUAGCAUUUUCUCGAGAAAGAAUUUGCAUAAAGAGGCUUAUUACUGCGCA